AUGAUAUUCCAUUUGAAUUUAAUUCAAAAUAUCGAACUAUUAUUGUUUUGUCAAUUGUCAGAUUCUUCAUGUGUAUCAACAAAUAUUCUCUCUGUAAAUCAUCCCUCAUCUUCUUCACAUCGUAGUUUAUUAUCAAAAAUUGAUCAUAAAUCAGUUAUUGAUACUUUUAUUCCACUAAAAAUUGUUUCUUCUUAUUCAUCUUCAUUUUGUUUGACUUCUGUACGUGAUAUAUAUUGGUCAUAUAAUAAUCAACAAGAAUAUAAUAUUCCAAUGUCAAUUAAUUCAAGUAAAUUAUCAUCGAAUCCAGUCAAACAAUCAAAUAAUUCAUUUAAUAAUUGUAAUUCAAUAUACAAAAAUGAUUUAGCAGCUAUAUUUGAUGAAUCAUUAACUUUUGAUGAUUCAUUUCAUGAUGCAGAACUUAAAUUAUUUAUAUUCAGUCAUUGGAUUAACUAA